CGUCUCUCUUCCUCCGCCCCCCCAGCUGCCGCCAGCCCGCCGUCCGCCCCUCCUCUCCCCCCCGCCUCGCCGCCGGAGCGCCGGAGGCCGACCCCGAUCGCGGAUCGCGGGCCCGCCGCACGUCACCAGCCCAGCCGCCCUCCCGGGUUGACCCCUCGCAGGAACCAGAGGCAGAUAGAUAGGAAGAAGUAAAAUAGAAGGAGGUCAUUAUGCGUCGGUGGUUUUGUUGCAGCCAGUUUCAUGCUUCAUAUCGUGAACAUGAACAUGAAUUUCCUUCCAGCCCGGAUGAGAAAGAAGGAAAUGGUUUUGAUUCCAAAAGUGAUCCAACAAAGGCACCUCCUCCCAUUGAAAUACCUGAAUUGUCACUUGAUGAACUGAAAGAAAAGACCGACAACUUUGGGUCAAAAGCUUUGAUUGGUGAAGGAUCGUACGGGAGAGUGUAUUAUGCUAUUCUAGACAGCGGAAAACAUCUUGCUGUUAAAAAGCUUGAUACCUCAGCAGACCCUGAGCCUGAUAACGAAUUUCUGACACAGCUCUCGAUUGUGUCGAGAUUAAAGCAUGAAAAUUUUGUGGAAAUGCUUGGCUACUGUGUGGAAGGAAAUCAACGUCUGGUGGCCUAUGAAUUUGCUACGAUGGGUUCUCUACAUGAUAUUUUGCAUGGAAGAAAAGGUGUCCCUGGUGCACAGCCUGGCCCAGCACUUGACUGGAUGCAGCGAGUCAAAAUUGCUAUAGAUGCUGCUAAAGGGCUAGCAUAUCUUCAUGAGAAGGUUCAACCUUCGAUAGUCCAUCGGGACAUACGGUCUAGCAAUGUACUUCUAUUUGAGGACUACAGAGCGAAAGUUGCAGAUUUCAAUCUUUCAAACCAGUCUCCUGAUAUGGCUGCUCGUUUGCAUUCCACCCGUGUCCUUGGAACCUUCGGCUAUCAUGCUCCUGAGUAUGCCAUGACUGGCCAGCUAACUCAGAAAAGUGAUGUAUAUAGCUUUGGAGUUGUUCUUUUAGAGCUUCUAACAGGAAGGAAACCAGUAGAUCAUACAAUGCCUAGAGGCCAGCAGAGUCUGGUUACAUGGGCAACACCUCGUUUGACUGAGGAUACAGUGAAGCAAUGUAUCGACCCAAGGUUGAAGGGCGAGUGUCCCCCAAAAGGCGUUGCCAAGCUUGCGGCGGUGGCAGCCCUCUGCGUGCAGUACGAAUCGGAGUUCAGACCCAGCAUGAGCAUCGUCGUCAAGGCACUGUCCCCCCUUCUUCAGCAGAAACCUCAAGCUCCACCAGCCGCCGCUCCUAACACAACGACUUCAGACGCCUGACCUGUCCAGCUCAACAAGGAUGUAUGUAAAGAAUGAGUGCUAAGACGCAUGUCCUGGCGUGUGCGUUGUUUUGCUUUUACCGAGAGUACCGUUGCUAAGUUCAAGAACGGGGCUGUGUGGUUCUGCCGAGUGAUGUGCUCUUGCUGCAUUGGUUGGCGAUCACCAUAAUAAGCUCUGUUCUGGGUCGUAUAUAUAUGCUGUGACUUGGGAACUUGGGAAGGUUGUAGUUGGUCCGCGGCUUGAUGUUUCUGGGUUUGCCAUUGUGAUUUUGAGCUGACACCCAUUGAUUUGUAUAAUCUGCUGAACUCGAAGUUGGUGUGAGAAGUGAGAAAUGGUAACAUUAUUGUCCAUUUUUGUUACCUGCUUGCCUGAUCAAAAUUAUGUGAGACUUGGUACUA